CGCCGCCGCGCCGCCCCGUGACGUCAUGACGCCCGCGCCGCCGUCGUUCCCGCGGUCGCGUGGGUCUUUUCCUAGUACGCUGGGCGGUAGCUGUGAAUGUUCACACGGAUUGUCUUCAGUCAUGGCCUUGGGUUUAAGAUGCUUCCGCUUGGUCCACCCUGUCUUUUGUAACUCCCUUGCAGCCUUGACCAGACCUGUUUUGGAAGUGACUCUGAAGACAGUGAAUGGCAGACAAUAUGACCGUGGGCAAUACGUGGCCUCCGCAGCUGUACCAGUCCGUCAUUUUGCUACCAAGAAAGCCAAAGCCAAAGGGAAAGGACAGUUCCAAACCAGAGUGAAUCUUAACACUGCCUUGGUUGAGGAUAUAAUCAGCUUGGAAGAGGUGGACAAAGAAAUGAAGUCUGUGACCGAAGUACUCAAAGAUAAUUUCAAUAAGACUGUCAAUAUACGGACCUCACCAGGAUCCCUUGAUCACAUCACUGUGGUAACUGCCGAUGGGAAGCUUGCGUUAAACCAGAUUGGCCAGAUCACCAUGAAGUCUCCACAGCUGAUUUUAGUGAAUAUGGCCAGCUUCCCAGAGUGUACAGCUGCAGCUAUCAAGGCUAUAAGAGAAAGUGGAAUGAAUCUGAACCCAGAAGUGGAAGGGACGCUAAUUCGGGUACCUAUUCCCAAAGUGACCAGGGAGCACAGGGAAAUGCUGGUGAAACUGGCCAAACAGAACACCAACAAGGCCAAGGAUUCUUUACGGAAAGUUCGUACCAACGCAAUGAAUAAGCUAAAGAAAUCAAAAGACAAGGUCUCAGAGGACACCAUUCGGCUCAUAGAGAAACAGAUCAGCCAAAUGGCCGACGACACAGCUGCAGAGCUGGACAGGCAUCUGGCAGUGAAGACCAAAGAACUCCUGGGAUGAAAGUCCACCAGGGCCAGCAGAGCGCCACAGCCUGGUUUCUGGUGGAGCCCGUGGUGGCGCAUGGGCGCCUAUCUUCCCCGUCCACACGGAAGACCGCCACCUUGCUUUGUCAGUGUUUGUGAGCCUCAGCCUUCCAGUGGGACACCCAGACCUGGCCCUUCUGUUCCUCCUGCUCCCUGUCCACCCCAUUCUGCCCUGGCCCUGCCGCGGGCGGCCCUCAGAGAGUGUCUCUUGCUGACAGAUGGCCUCUACUCCAGGCAUUUGCCCCGAUGUGACAUCGCCAAGCAACCAGGACUGUUGGCAGACUUAGCCCGCCUGUUUCUCAUCUCGGGAGCCUCCUUUCCAGUUGGGCUCUGUCCUCAACUUUGAACUCUGGGCUGGUGUGGGCCUUCACCUGUGACUGGAUCCCUUUGCCAGGGGCCCAAUAAAAUCAAAAUAAAUUGUAAAGAAUAACAACCACAAA